GCACGCCGCCCACCGCCGCCGUAACAAAAGGGGCGGCUGCAUGGUGGUGGCGGCGGAGCGCCCGGCCGCCCCCGCCCCGCUCCGCUCCGCGACCCGCUCCGCUCCGCGCCACCAUGUCGGGCAGCGGCGGCGGCAGCAGCAGCAGCACGGCGGUGAAGAAGAGGAGCCCGGCGGGCUCGGCCUCCUCGCUGGCGCAGGAGGAGGAGAAGCAGGCGAUGGAGAAGAUGCUGGAGGCGGCGGGCGGCGGGGCGCAGGAGAACGGCUGUGCCCGCUCGCCCUCACCCUGCGCCUCCGCCGAGGGCGAGGGGGUGACCCUGCAGCGCUCCAUCACGCUGCUCAACGGCGUGGCCAUCAUCGUGGGCACCAUCAUCGGCUCCGGCAUCUUCGUCACCCCCACCGGCGUGCUGCGGGAGGCCGGCUCGCCGGGGCUGUCGCUGGUGGUGUGGGCCGUCUGCGGGGCCUUCUCCAUCGUGGGUGCCCUCUGCUACGCUGAGCUGGGCACCACCAUCACCAAGUCUGGCGGGGACUACGCCUACAUGCUGGAGGUCUACGGUUCCCUGCCCGCCUUCCUCAAGCUCUGGAUAGAGCUGCUCAUCAUCCGGCCCUCCUCGCAGUACAUCGUGGCUCUGGUCUUUGCCACCUACCUUCUCAAGCCCAUCUUCCCCACCUGCCCGGUGCCUGAUGAGGCUGCCAAGCUGGUGGCCUGUCUCUGUGUCCUGCUCCUCACGGCAGUGAACUGUUACAGCGUGAAAGCUGCUACCCGUGUCCAGGAUGCCUUUGCUGCGGCAAAACUGCUGGCACUGGCCCUCAUCAUCAUUCUUGGCUUCGUGCAGCUUGCGAAGGGUGACGUGACAAACCUGACGCCUGAGCACUCCUUCGAAGGCACAAAAGUAGGCGUGGGGAACAUCGUGUUAGCUUUGUACAGCGGUCUCUUUGCCUAUGGAGGAUGGAAUUACUUGAAUUUUGUUACAGAAGAGAUGAUAAAUCCCUACAGAAACCUGCCUCUGGCUAUCAUCAUCUCGCUACCUGUAGUCACUUUGGUUUAUGUGCUGACAAACUUGGCUUACUUCACGACGCUGUCGACGGAGCAGAUGCUGACGUCCGAAGCCGUGGCUGUGGAUUUUGGGAACUAUCACCUUGGCGUCAUGUCCUGGAUCAUACCCGUCUUUGUUGGCUUGUCGUGCUUUGGAUCCGUUAAUGGAUCUCUCUUCACUUCUUCCCGGCUGUUCUUCGUGGGAUCCCGAGAAGGACACUUGCCUUCAAUCCUGUCUAUGAUUCACCCCAGGCUUCUCACUCCCGUGCCCUCCCUUGUCUUUACGUGCGUCAUGACCCUGCUCUAUGCCUUCUCCAACAACAUUUUCUCAGUCAUCAACUUCUUCAGCUUCUUCAACUGGCUGUGUGUGGCUCUGGCCAUCAUCGGCAUGAUGUGGCUGCGUUACAAGAAGCCAGAGCUAGAAAGGCCCAUCAAGGUGAACAUCUGCCUGCCCAUUUUCUUCAUCCUGGCCUGCUUGUUUCUCAUUGCUGUUUCCUUCUGGAUGACGCCAAAGGAAUGUGCGAUUGGCUUUGCCAUCAUCUUCAGCGGGAUCCCUGUUUACUUCUUCGGGGUCUGGUGGCAAAACAAGCCCAAGUGGGUUCUCCAAGGCAUCUUCUCCGCAACAGUCCUGUGCCAGAAACUGAUGGAAGUGGUUCCGCAAGAAUCUUAAGCAGGAAAAAGCAGAGACAUUCAGCUUGAGGAAACGCACAAUAUUAUUUUAAGACGACACAAGGAGAAAACGCUUCUGAUCCCUCGUAAAUGAAACCCAAGCACUGGAACGCCCCGUCGGAGCUGCUUCGUGUCUGACACCAUGCCCCGCCGCUCUGCCUUGCCUCCUCCAGCUCCUCCAGCACCACCCUUUAGCCUGGCAGAUGAGAAACCCUGUGAUGAGAACUUCUUGGUACGAACGUGGGCCAGGAGGAGGAAUUCCUGCCGGCAGCUCCAAAGGGGUCCUGCCUGUCCGGCAGCAGCGAGUCCGCUCAGCCUUGCGUGCGUGUGUGUGUGUGUGUGUGUGUGAUACUGAGGGCUGCACUUCAGCUCUGUGCAGGCUCACUUGGUUGGGGUCUGGGAUCCCCCAGAUGGUGGGGGAUCUGCUCAUGAGCCCAGUUUGAGUGUUGCCAGCCGUACAAACGUGCCUGUGUCUGGGGCUGGGACUGUCGCAGAGCCGCAGGGCGGUCCUGAGCCUGGCCCACCCGCCUUACCUGGUCAAGGGAGGGUGGUUGGGAAGCAGAGGUUGGCUGAUGUUGGCUCACACGCUCACACACACACAAACUCAUGCCGAAAUACGUGCUGCUGGACGCGUUGGACUCUGUCCACGGGCAGUGACUUAGGUGAGACAAGGCAGAGCACAAUUAGUGUCAGAGAAAUGAUGUGGGGAGGCCUCGUCUGACUUUCAUUGCGUUCCUGACAAGAGCACUCGGGGUCCCCUGCCACUGCCUGGCUUUUAACUGUCAGAUCCAAGCCAUCUCCCUGCUAUUGAGCCAGUCCUCCGGGAUGCCCUUCACCGGGAUGCUCUUCACCAGAAUGCCCAUCCCGCGGCCCUGUGAAUUAGCACUGGGGCAGGGGCAGGCCUGAGGGGGGAGUUCCUCCUGAUAAACCCAGGGAACUGCAAUUAGCAGAAGGCCAAGUCCGUGGCUUGCUCACUCCAUGUGUUUCUGUAGAUAGGCUGUCCAGCAUAGGACGAGCAACAUCGUGCUCUCCAAAUGGCCCUGUUUGUUGCCCUCGGUGGGAUUCAUGUUUGCCCCUAAACCACUUGCAAAGAUAAAGUAAGGGUGGCUCGUUCCCUGGGGUCUGUGCGUCGCCUGUCACCGUGCCCUUCGUUAUGCCGUGUCUCCUCUAGAACGUGCAGUGGAGAUGGGACCAACUGGGUCUGGGGGUGUGGAAGGGGGCAGGUGUCCCCAGAUGGCUGGAGCCUGGCUCUAAUCUCGGUCUGCUGUAGAUGGUCUGUUUUGCUCUGAGAAGCAGAGACUGGGGGCCUGUUCCUCCUUCGUGCAAAACUGCAGCAUCAGGUUUGGCUUGGUCAGCAAGCCAACGUCCCUCACCAACAUCCUCCCGCCCAGGGAGUGGUCUUUGAGCAUAAACCACGAUCCACACGUGAAAGCUUGUUUUGCUGUCGUGGGUGUUGCAGUCCCAUCCCCUGAGCCCACCCAAACUCCCCCUACUUCCCGAGUAAUCAAAGCUCUCCUCUUAGGAACACGUUGCUUCAUUUGGUCAAAAGCAUCACCUUGUCACACGACUGCAGUUCUUGAACAAUUUGCUCAUAAUGCCUCUGCGCUCAAGGUGAUAGUCAGUUGGAAAUCAAAAGCAUCUUUUUGCCACAAGUGAGCUGCUUCAGUCUCCGUUACAGAUCUUUGUGCUUGUGCUUUGUGCAAAUGGGUUGUUGAACUACUUUUUCUCAAUAUUUUCGUAAACUAAGCUGUUUGGAAGCCAGGAUCCUCCAAGAGCUAAUGCUUUCUGCUGGAUUCUCCUCUUAGCGUAGAGUUACUCUGGAUGAAGAGGCAUUAAGGACACCAAUGGUACUAGCUCGUGCUUUGUCUUUCUAAGAAGUUCUCUAGCAAAAAAAAGUGUGUCUGUCAUAGCAGGUGGCAGCUUCUGUUCAAGUGUGUGUGACAGUGACCGUGGCUAUGUCAACGAGCGUCUGCGUGCAGCUCUUUGCUAUUGCUUCGCCAACCACGCGUCUUUGCUUUGAGGCCGUGCAGGAGGAAUAGGUGAGACAAUCAUCACGCUGAAAACCUUUGCUGUCAGGUUGCUUCUUCCGUGGCAGCGCGGUGUAGAGAUACCCAAGCCAGCGCAGGUGCCACUUCACACGCGUUAGUGUUGAGCUCUCCUGGAGCUAAGUUAACCUGUGGGGAGUUGCAGCUGGUUUGGGUAUAUCUACAGUGCAGAAGAACCCAAAGUUAUGGCCAGUGCCUGGCUGUUCAGGGACCUACGUGCAAUGAAUUGGAGCAUCUCAGAUCCAGUGCCGGUGGAGACACAUUUGCAUAAAUAAGGUCGUGAACCAUAAAAUCUGAACUCGAUGUUUGUGAAUCCUCUUCCAGCUGAAGGCUGAGAUGUUUUGGCAGGGGAGUGAUGGGAAAUUGCUGCUUAUGCUGGACCUGUACCAUCAAGAGAGAACCUCGGUCCGUUACCUUCCACUUGGCCUGCAGUUUUUUGGCUGUAAUGGUCUCGGGGCCAGUUUCCUGCAGGGCCUGGGUUCAACGUAGGGGCUCUUAGUGCUAAUAUGUACCAGCAGAAUUACUUGUGAUGCAAAGGAAAGGGAUUUUAACUCUCAGCCAGCUCAAUCCAACGUAAAUUAGCACUCAAGUCCAAGCCACGGAGAGCUCAGAAAUAGGUCCGCGUCUCCCAAAGGCGUGGGGGGUUGCUUGGUUUGGACACAUCUUUAAAUGACUUUCAUCAGUGAUGAAGACGAUCGCUACAUGAUAUCCUCUUGGUGAACCUUUCACACUGGUUUUAAAGAGGAGAUGUCACACUGAGAAAUAUUUUUUUUUAUUAUUAUUAAUUAACUGAUCUUAAUUAAAUCCUUAACUCGCUUGCUUGCCCUUGAUGAUUUUUCGUGAUUCUUCACUUGCUGCUAAAGAUCUUUCUCUUGUACUAACCUGCCGGCUCUGGCAUUGAUACCGUAUGUUUGGUGGUGAUCUCGCCAGCGUCUCCACGGCGCUGGAGGUAUAUGAAGAAACUGAACCAGGUACCAGCACAGAAUGACAAAAAUGUUGAAUUUGGUCAGCCACAGCUCACAUCUCAAAGUUUACCUUUCAAAAAAUCUCAUUUCUUUUAUCCCCGAUUCAUUGAGCCCGAUAGUUGCCCUCCACCAGAGCUUGGUGACAUGGCUGUAAAAGGUUGGGUUAUUUUUUUUUCCUGGAGGUUAGGGAGAGAAUGAGUGAGGGGGGUAAAACUGAAUUUUGUUUUAUAAAGAAAACACAACUAAAGUAAUUUUCACUGCAGUGGGUGAAACUGCUGCUAGCGGCAUCGGCACUAAAGCUUGUAGCUCAGAUCAGCAGCCAGCAGCGUCUGCCGCCCUCGGGGGCUUGUCGUGUUCAGCUGGAAUUUGGUAUGGAAAAAGAGAGAAUACUUCCCCGUGAAAGACCUCCUUGCUGCUUCUUUUCCUCAAAUGUGGAAUGAGAUGUGUCACGGAGGGCGUGGGGAGCAACGGAGACUCCACAGAAAUUUUCUCAUCGUUCCCAGCACUGGAUGUGGGAUUUUUCUGUUGUUUCUCUGUCUGUUUGUGCUCUUCUGAGCCCGCGCUCAGUCAUGCCUGUUGUGAACCACCAAGGGACAGAAACCCUUCCCGCAAAGGACACGUACGGCCGCAGCGACUGCGAGUUUGCUUUCCUAAACAGUAGCUACAGUUAAACGAGGUACCGCGUGAAUCUAUUUCAUAUGACAGUAUUUUGCAGAUACAGCCAGAGCAGUUGUGUCAGUGCAAUCAUCGAAUCAUUUAGGUUGGAAAAGACCUUUAAGAUCCUCGAGUCCAACCGUGGAGCCGUGGCUGCGUAUUUCUGCAAGUGACGGCUGUGCCGCAGUACUCCCUCCGUCCUUGUACUGAACCCCCCUUUCAAUUAUCGCUCCUCUUAGCUUGUUUUAAAGUAUUUAGCCUCCCAGGCAGUGAGUUGUUAGGGGUGUUCACGGAAUAGCAUCCCACGGGGACUGCUAAACCGUAGGGCAGGGGCGGGCAGGAGCCGGCGGGCAGGCGCUUCCUUGCCCCUUGGGUUCCUCUCUCUAAACGAGAAACCUUCUUCCCGACCGCGAGGGGAACCAGCCCUGCUCAGCCCUGCAAAAUGCUCCCCGCCAAAAACAGGGGGUAUUUAAGUCAUCUUAGGUGGAUUUUUCUUUUUUUUUUUUCCUUUUUUUUUUUUUUUAAAAAUAUUAUUAACUUCCUGCAGUAUUUGCAGUGUUUUCUAUCUUGGCUGCCGUGUUCUGGUAAACACGCUUUUGUUUUUAACGGCACCCCCUGUGAAAACUGAGUUCAAAGGGACUCUGCCGCUGUUGAACAAACUUUAAAGACCCUUCGACUGGAUUGAAACUCCUAAGAAGCGGCUUUGUUCUCCGAGCCCUCUCCCUGUGGGUGGCUCAGGGGAAUAAACUGGGCUUCUCCGUGGGCUCGUCUGCUUGUGGGUCUGCCCCGAAUGCAGAGCCCUGGAGGGGCGGCGGCGUUGCUCUUCCCCCCUGCCGCCACUUCCCAACCACGGAGAGAUGGUUUGCGGUGGCAGAGUCCCGGUCCGGCUCUGGGGAAUCACAGGGAAGGCUUCCUCGCAGUCUGGGAAGGAACCCGUGCCUUCAGCCGAGGCUACAGUGUUCUCGGGCUUCAAUAAAAAAUAAAUAAAAUAAAAUUUAAAAAAAAACAACAACAAAACAAAAAAAAAAACAAAAGGAGGAAACAGCCAAAUGUUGUCAUUACGCAACACUGGCUGUUUGGGGCUGCGGGACACCAGCUUUUCCAUCAACCGGUUGCACAACUCUGUUUCUAAUGCCAUCAAAGGGGAAGGCGAUGUUGGCCAUUGAGAAAGGGCUGGAACAAAGCUUCCUACUGGAGCUUGGGAAAGGGCAGCCCAGGGGCCAGACGGCUCCGGUUCCCCCCGGGGGCUCACGCUGAAGUCUGCUGGCCGGCGCCGCCACCUCGGCAGAGCCCCACGGAAUGAAUCGCAGCCUUGUGCCGGCACUGGGAACCCCAUGAGCGUCUCCAGCCGCGGGACAGGAUGGCACAGCUGGGCCCAGAGCACUUGGCUGGCGACCAGGGAGCGCGGCAGCCGGCUCCCUGCGGCGAUGGGGAUCUGCUCCCAUGCCUCCGCCAGGGAUCCUGCCCGUGCCAGGGCAUCCUGCGAGACCUCGGCCUUGAGGGAUGCUCAAGGGGCUCUCCAUUUCUGGUGGCUUCCUGAGGAGUGACGGCCGGCCAGCCUUACGCUGGUUUUGCCUGUUCUUGAGAAGUUUCUUCCCAGUUUACACGGUCUGAACUGGAACUGGCAGCUGGGGUGGGGGUGUGCGGGAUGCUGCUGGGAGUCAAAGCCAAGUGCCGUUCAGCUGCACGUAGGAAACGUGGCUUGGCUUAGGUCACCCAUAAGGAACCGAUGUCCAGAGGAUUAUUUCUUUGCUUUUAGCCCCCUGUUCCUUGCGUGAGAAGGGGUGUUGCUUCCUCCAGCUGUUGAAGUGUUAAUGAGGAAAAAGAAUAAUAUUUUUUUAGAUAACUGAAUUAAUUUUUAAAUGGCCUAAAAGAGACUUUAUAUCUACGCCUAAAUUAUUCCCACUGGGUGACGUUCAUCUCGGCGCAGGGGCUCUGCGAGCGGCUCGGAUGCUCUCCCAGCCAGCGGGAUGUGGUGCCGCGGGGUCGGGCUGCGUAUCCCGCGCUGGGAUGAAUUUCACACCCAGGGAAAAAAAUCCUGACUUGUUCAGAGGACAGGGUGAGGUCCGCGUCCCACCUAAAUCCUUGCAACGGCAGAAUUCUAAGUGGUACCCGGACCUUGCGCUGGCCCGCAGAACAAAAGGAAGGUGAAAUUCACUCCUAGUGAAUAAUCUGACUUUUCAGAGAUAACUUUCGUCUAAAGUUCAUAUUUUUGUUGGUUUUUUUUUUAAAAAAAACACAGAAAAAAUGGAUCUUAACGUACAGAAGAAAAUCUAGAUCUGAUUUACAAUUUUGUUAUAUUUGGUUGCUUUAAAAAUAUUUUACUAAUUUAAAUGUUGCUGUAGAUGACAUUCUAUUUAUUUUAAGGGGUAAAUAUCUUUUAGUCUUAAUACUUCUACAGUAAGCGCUGUCUAUUUACAACGUUUGUGUUCCUCUCAACACAGCUACUCCACGACUGAUCGAGUGCUGGUCAGCCAGUAGUAACUUAAUCAAAUUGCCUUGUAAAAGAAGAUGUCUCCUGCAAUGUAUUUUUUCUAGUAUUUCUUGAUUCUUUUAUGUCUGUGGUUAACAAAUCUGUUAAAUGUUUGGGUUGUUCUAUGUUUUGGGUUGUUGUUUUUGUUUUGUUGGUUUUUUUUUAACAAAGAAAGCUGAAUUACAACUCUCUUGUUGCUGGUCUUUGCCUCUGAAAGU